AUGACUGAAAAUCCAACCUGCACCGUCGAGGAAUUCACUCGCACGCUAUUUGACUAUGUCAUCUGCGGCGGUGGAACUGCAGGACUCACUCUUGCAGCGCGCCUCAGCGAAAAUCCCGAUAUAACCGUCGGUGUCAUUGAGGCGGGCAAGUAUCGCAUUGGAGAUCCGUUGGUUGAUACUCCUGCAGCGUUCUCGCAGAUGUUCGAGAAUCCUGACUAUGAUUGGUGUAUGUAUACGAAGCCACAGGAGGGCAACCGUGGCCUGACUCACCAUAUCCCCCGGGGAAAGCUCCUUGGUGGAUCCAGCGGCAUCAAUUAUAUGAUGUACGUGCGAGGAUCGACGCAGGACUAUGACGACUGGGCCGAGAUCGUAGAGGACGAUGGGUGGUCUGGAAAGUAUAUGCAGCAAUAUAUGCGAAAGCAUCAGACUCUCGAGCCGUUCGACGAGUCUAUCACCGAUCGCUCGACAAUGCCACUAGUAGGCGAGUUCCACGGCACGAGCGGGCCCGUCCGAACCAGCUUCAAUGAUACAAUCCCACCAGUGGAGAACGAGAUCAUCAAAGCCUGCGAGGACGUGACUGGCAUCACAAGCAAGCCCACCGACCCAUGGAGCGGCGACCACAUUGGUUUUUAUCACACCCUCGGGGCAGUUGCUCGAACCGGCCCGAAUAAGGGUAAGCGCAGCUACGCUGCCCGAGGAUAUUACGAAGCGAACCGUGCGACUCGCCCAAACCUCAAGGUCCUCUGCGAAGCCCUCGUCAACCGCGUCGUUUUAGACGGAAAAAGGCCACAGGUUGGCGGGACACUCAAGUCCCCACAGAUCCUCGAGCUAUCGGGAAUCGGCGACCCAGAGAUCCUCAAAGCCGCAGGCGUUGAGUGCAAGGUCGCCAACAGCGGCAUCGGCGCAAAUGUCCUAGACCACUCCAUCACCCUCAGCGUGUUGGAUGUCCAGCCCGGCGUUGUUACACUAGACACCUUGUCUCAAGUGCCCGAGGCAAUGGAAGCCGCUGGUAAGCAGUAUGCCGAAAGCAGCAGUGGACCACUCAGCUCGAUCUGCGGCAUGCAGGGCUUCUUCCCGGCAAAGAAAAUUCUUUCCGAGACAGAGCUGGCAGAUAUUAUCCAGAGUGUUCGUGAUGUCAAACCCACCAGCGAGUUUCAUGCGAAACAGCUCGCCCAGACUAUCGCACACCUCGAGAGCGACCACUCUGCCAAUAUGCAGGUUGUUACGGUGACAGCUUCCAUGGACCCGAAGGCCUUUCAGCACCAGAGAGGUAUUAUUGAACAGCGUUCAGCUGAUCAGCCGGCUGGUUUGACCUUGGCGCUUUGUAUACAGUACCCCGUGGCUAGAGGAUCUAUCCAUAUUGAGAGUGCAGACCCAACCAAGCCCCCUGUCGUUGAUCCCAACUACGGUGGUCACCCGGCCGACGUCUCACUCCUAGCGGCGUUCCUGCGCUGGGGUGAUCAGGUCGCGGAAUCAAAGCACCUGGAGUCCUCAAUCCUGAAGCGCAGGUACCCCGAGCCCAGUGUUAACUUGCAGGACAUGGACACUGCCCGACAAGCAGUUCAUGAUCUGGUUGCGGGUGAGUACCAUAUCAGCGGCUCUGUUGCUAUGGGCGAUGCGUUGGACAGCAGAUUGAGGGUGAAGGGCGUCGAGGGUUUGCGUGUUGCGGAUGCAUCGGUGUUCCCGAAUAAUGUUUCUGGGAAUAUUGUUAGCAGUGUUUAUGCUGUUGCAGAGAAAGCAGCGGAUUUGAUUCGCGAGGAUUGGGGUUUAUAG